CCUUCAAUCUACUUUUCAAAGAAGCAUAUAAAACUGUUGAGGAAGUUAGACCUGAUAUUUUGGAAAAAACAUAUAUUAUUAAAGUGACUGAAAAUAAAAGGUUGACUCCAUUAGAAUAUGAUCGUUUCCUAUUUCAUAUUGAAUUUGAUAUAUCUGGAACAGGGUUACGAUAUGAACUAGGUGAAGCACUUGGGGUGUAUGGACAUAAUGAUACAUAUGAAGUUAAUCAUUUCUUGGAAUUUUAUAAAUUAAAUCCAAAUGAUUUUAUCUCUGUUCCAAACAAAGAAGGUGACAAAUAUGAAACCAAGACUAUUUUCCAAAUAUUUUCACAAGUUUUGGACAUAUUUGGCAGACCAACAAAAAAAUUUUAUGAAUCAUUAGCCAUGUAUGCUACUGAUGAAGAUGAAAAAAAUAAAUUGUUGUGGAUUUCUAGUAGUGAGGGAAGUAAUGAGUUUAAACGACGUGUUGAAGACACAAUAACAUAUGCAGAACUGUUAUAUGAAUUUACAUCUGCAAGACCACCAGUUGAAGAACUUAUUCAACUUAUUGCACCAAUCAAGCCACGCCAUUAUUCCAUAGCUUCAGCACAAAGUGUGCAUCCAAACAGUGUACAUCUACUGGUUGUGACAGUAGAAUGGGCUAAUUCAGCUGGUAAAAAACGAUAUGGACAAUGUACACGCUAUCUUUCCAGGCUUAAGAUUGGAGAAAGUUUAACUGUUUCAAUAAAACCAUCAGUGAUGAAGCUUCCACCAAGAGAUACACAACCUGUAAUUAUGGCAGGUUUGGGAACUGGUAUGGCACCAUUUAGAGCAUUUAUUGAGGAAAGAGCAUAUCGUCAAUCACAAGGCAUUGAAGUUGGACCAAUGAUUUUAUAUUUUGGUUCACGUCAUCGUUCAAUGGAGUAUCUUUAUGGUGAGGAAUUGGAGGCAUAUCAUGUUGAAGGACUGCUUACACAUUUACGACUGGCUUUUUCACGUGACCAAAAACACAAAAUAUAUAUCCAACACAAAAUGGAGGAAGAUGGAGAUUUAUUGCACCAAUACCUAUUGAAAGAUGAAGGAUGGUUUUAUUUGUGUGGACCUACAUGGCCAGUGUCAGAUGUUAAAGAUGCUAUUGUAAGUAGCUUUGUUAAAUCAGGAGGAUUGACACUAGGAGAAGCAACCAACUGGGUAAACAAAUUAAAAGAUUUAGAAAGAUACAUUUUAGAA